AGAAAGAAAGAAAAGUUAUCACUUCAAAAAAGAAGGGGCAGUUGCUCGGAUUCCGUCGAUUCUUUCUUGGUUUUUCUCUUGGGCAUCAUUUCUUGCAGCUUUUCUUCUCUCGAGAUCAGGAUGGACUCUCUAAUUAGUUGCUGAAAUACUCUGGAGGUUGAGCAAUUCCAUUUCGUGCUCGUUGCGACCGACAUUCUGGUCAGAAGAUGUUAUAAUGCACUUACUAAGCUGAAGUUAUUAGUUGGCUGAGUGUGGAGGCUCUCGAAGCAUUGUUCUACCCCACCAUCACGUUAACUAAACUUCUGCCACCUGAAUCUAAGACUAUAUAGCGUUCUGGCCACAAGAUAGAUUAGAGUACCUAAUCAUCCUGUAUCUUGAACAAGCUAGCUAUGCAUUGAGUGAAUUUGAUAUUUAUUGCCUAUACAAGUACAAAUGGAGACUAAAGAGGCAGAGAGAACAGUGAUCGCAAAACCAGUUGCGUCACGGCCUACCUUUUCCACUUUUAGGUCUUUCUCAGAGCUCCUUGCAGGUGCAAUUAAUGAAUCAACCCCUAAAAUGGGUUCUGAAAGCGGUGUUGCCCCAAUUAAACCCAAGACAGUGAGGUUCAAGCCUGCGGUGAAUCGCACUUCAGCUGCCAUAUUUUCAUCCCAGGCUGAAAUCUCUGGAGCUGCAAUCUGCAAUUCAGUGGAUACACUUUCAAAUUCGGACAGUCAGCGGACUGUAGUAUAUAAACCUUUGGCAAAGCCAGUGUCAAAAGCUGCUGCUUCACUCUUGGCUAAUAUGGGGAACUUCAAUGCUACUCAACCAGCCAUACAACCAUCUGAUAGUUCGACUCCAGAAAAACGCCGUGUGAAAUCAAAAACGAGCUCAAAUGCUCGUCAAAUUAUACCACGUGCUGCAGUGACCGAACAGACGAGCGAACCCUUGAAAUUGGCAGCUCAGGACGUUGAGGAGGACCAAAAAGCUUUACCAUCCACAGCUAGUGUGGAUCGUCCUUCUUAUGAUGGGUAUAACUGGAGAAAAUAUGGACAAAAACAGGUAAAAGGGAGUGAGUACCCACGAAGUUAUUACAAGUGUACCCACCCAAACUGUCCGGUGAAGAAGAAGGUUGAGCGAUCACUUGAUGGACAGAUAGCAGAAAUAGUGUACAAGGGUGAGCAUAACCAUCCAAAGCCUCAGCCUCCUAAACGCAGUUCAUCAGGGAUGCAGGGGCUUGGGACCAUACCUGAUGGAACAGAACAAGACAAUAGCAACCCAUUAUGGGGUAGCCAACCAGGCGAAAAGAAUGAAGGUUCUCUCGGUAGAGUAGAAAAUCAGACUGAGGUAGGAUUAGCGGCAAAUUCGUCUUAUCAAGGCAAGGGCCUGAUAGUUCAUGACCCAGUCGCUGCAAACGAGGCAAUUGGUCCUUCUGGUGGGACUCCUGACAGUUCGUGUAAUAUUAGCGGGGCAGACGAUGGAAGCAAGACAAAGGAAAUGGGUAAUGAUGAACCGAGGAGUAAGAGAAGGAGAACUGAAAGUGGACCCAGCGAAGCAGGCAUCAUCGCUGAAGGGGUACAAGAGCCCUGCACUGAUCGGCAAAAUUCAACCGAUUCUGAGGUUCUGGGUGAUGGCUUUCGCUGGAGGAAAUAUGGCCAGAAGGUUGUCAAGGGAAACCCCCAUCCCAGGAGUUACUAUAGAUGUACGAGUCUCAAGUGCAGCGUGCGCAAGUAUGUGGAAAGAGCAAUGGAUGAUCCCAAAUCUUUCAUAACAACAUAUGAAGGGAAGCAUAACCACGAAAUGCCCCUCAAGGGCACAAAUCCAGCUGAUCACCAAGCUAACAGAUAAGCCUUAGCGAAAGGCACAACGUUUCGAUGCGUUGCUGAUCUGACCGGAAAUUGACGAAGGCAAGACGGUAUGACCUCCAUUUUGCCUUGUCAUGAAAAACACCGUAUUUCCAACAUUUCAUGUGAGCCACGCUGCUGCCAUUGGACAGGGUUAGCUUUUCCCCUUUUCAGUAUGAUCGACGGACUAGGGACACUGAUUGUAGUAAUACGUGCACUCGUGCCUUCUUCGAAGUUUAGGUGAAAUUUUGUCGGCGGUACAGAACUACUUGCUGCUGCCAUGUAUCACAGAUAAUUCGUUCCACUUCGAUGCAGUGCAAGAUCCAUUGCCCUCUCCUUUUUAUUCA